UCCAAUUUUUCGAUAUCGCGUCGAGACCGAACGAAACAAAUAAUCCUUCCGUGUCGGACUUUUUUCUUUUGAAAUAUUGGACAAUUUUCUCGCCUCCAUUUUAUUGUAAAGAAAAAUGUUGUUUAAACAAUCAUAUCCACGGAAAAACGAAGGAAAACUUGUGAGAGAAGAGAGAAUAGUUUUCUGCUGUUGAAAGCUUUCUUUCUUCCCUCUCCUUACUUCUUCGCACUAUUUCGUCUGUUCUCCUCCGUCUAUGCCUCGGGCCAAGUAACAGGUCCGAAAUGAGAGGCUGAGAUACCGAAAUCUAUGAGGCAAGAGGAUGUUCCAUGGUAUCGACGAAAGUAAUAAAAGUUUGAUCUACGUAAGGGAUGUUACAAUUCCAGAUAAUUGAGCCCGGUGGCUCGAGUCACCGAGAUUCGCGAAUUCGUCGAAUCGCCGAAGCGAUGUGAGCGGGUGGAAGGAGCAAAAUUGCAAGAAAAAAAGAGACGUUCGAACUCCCACAAUUGACUACAGAACGAAAGAAACAAAUAAAAACUGGCAAGAGAGCUUGGCGAGAAUCGCCAAAAAGCUCAGCAUUUAUGCGACUCGUAAGGGCCGGUGGACACAAGGACGAGAGGAGAGCGUCUCGUCGGUGUCUUCGUGCACGAUUCAAAGCUGCACAAUAAACAAGAGAAAAGAGGAAAAAUUAACAGCCCAAUUCCGUUAGGUUCUCUUUCUUUUUCUCUUUUACGAAGAAAAAACAAGAAAGGGGCGAGGGUGACGAACAGAAAGUAAAACAGUACAUCAAGGACGACGACAAAGAUUGAAAAAAAAAGUAGUAAAAAGAAAAAGCGUCAGUUUGUAACAGUAAAAAUCAAAAAGAAACAACGUUUAAGGGCCGAGGGAGAGAAAAAUAUAAUAAAAGAAAAAAGAACGAACGAAACGGCAAAGGUUACGAUAAAAACGUAUCAACGAAGUCACGUGUGUGCGAGAGUGUGCUAAACAAAGAGACGCAGGAAGGAAAAAAAUGUUGCCGACCAACAUGAUGUCCUUCAUGAAAAAGAUGGUGACCCAAACAGAACAGUCGAGCAACGCCGGGUCCGUCACGCCCGACGAUGGAGGUACGACCUUCAGCAAGUUACGACAGUUGGGCAGCGGCUUGAUGAAUGCUACCGGAAAUGUCACUAAAUUGUCACCAGCCAAAAUUACUCCGGUCGAGGAUAUUCAACCAAAGGAAGAAAUACUCGUCAUCGAACCACCCAAACCGAAACCGGAACCUGGGAAACCAGCGAGUCGUGAGGGCGCCUGUAGGAUAUGCCUCAAGUCCUUUAAACCGGAGGAUUUCUCGAGGACGUGCAACGAGUGCCAUUACAAGGUUUGCGAGGAUUGUGGUUACUCGACGAAACCUGAUUCCGAUGACCCGUCGACCUGGUGCUGCAGUGUUUGCAAGAGAAAAAUGUCAAAGGGUCAACCCCUGUUGAACGACGAUUCGACGGAGUCUCACCUCGAUAUACCGAGUCAACCGAUGAGAAGACGGCACAGUGACGUUAAAUUGGACUCGCAGAAUGACGUUCAAAUGUGUGGUCUCGGGCGUGGCCUCGCACCACCCAAGAAUUCGGAUGCUGGUAGACGACACUCCGACGUCUCACCAGCAACGCUCAAAGAACUUGAGAAGUUUCGAAAGGUUGCAGGAGAGCGUCGAGGUACCGAGGAACUCGGUUGGGAAUGGCGGAGCAAAUCACGAGGCGGUUCACCCGAUCGUCAUCAGUCGGACAGGACAGAGAGGAGCGAUAGAAACGAGAGAGGCGAGAGAAAAGAGAGAGGACGAACAUCGAGUCCUCAGAGAAAGAAUUCAGCGGUUCCAGUAGACCCAGACGUCCAACUCGACCUCGACGAUGAGGAAGAGCGUCGCAGACGUGCGCGUCGGGGCGGUGGAACGGUGCGUCGAAAAUCCAGGGUGACGAGGCAACAUUCGUACGACGAUGAGAUCAAAAGUUCUGGAUCCAUGGGCAGCGCCGGCGGCGGGGGUGGAGGCUCCUCGCACGGGGGAGAAACCGGCCUCGGUGUUACGUAUCAGAUAACUCGAAGAUCAUCGGCUUACGACGUUUACUCGGCGACCGGAAGCGGCGGUGGUGGCCUCAACGCGAUGGCGAUAGCGGCGGCUCAACAGCAAAUGCAAUGCAGCCGGGAUGCGGACUCCAUGUACACCAAAAGAUCCUCCAUUUCUGCUCAGGGAGCUCGGGAACCGGAAGAGGUUAGACCUUCCGGUAGAAGACCAUCGUUCCGAGCCGUUAUACCAGUCAUGCCAUACGAAAUGCCUGGAGACGAGGAAAAAAUGAUUAAUCUCGAUGCUAAUUCCUCACCGGAUGUUAUACCACCGACUCAACCCCAAAGACGAAGAGGAUCACAAUUACCAGAUAUCAGCGCCCUGAGGGGAUUGACAUCGUCCCCAGGAUCAGUGAAGGCCACCCCGCCAGCCGUGACACGUGUAGCCGUACAGGACGACCGAGAACUGCCCCGACAAGGCAGUCUCGUCGAUGGCGAAGGAAUUAAAAUCGUCAUUCACGACGUCGACAGUGAAAUGACAUCGAGGGUGAAUCCAAAGCGAAGGGUCGUUCUUCGGAGGGAUCCUCAGCUUCUUGAUAAAGGGCACAGAACACGAGGAUUCGGGAUGCGCGUUGUCGGUGGCAAGAAAAGUCUCGAUGGACGCAUGUACGCCGCGAUCGUUUGUACCGUUCCCGGUGGGCCAGCCGAGAAAGCCGGACUGCAAAAGGGCGAUAAGAUUCUGGAAUGGUCGGGUGUGCCUUUGAUCGAUCGAAGUUUCGAGGACGUGGCGCACAUAAUCGAACAUACGGGAGAUGUUGCCGAGCUCGUUGUGGAGCACGCUACUGACAUUAUCGAUCUGUUCGACGAUCCGGGAAUGCCGAACGCCGGAAAAAAUUCUGGCAACAUGGGACUCCAAUUAGAAUCCGAAACGGAGAAAACGCCCUCGUCGUCGAAAGGACGAAGGACACUACCAAAGACGCCGGAGCAAAUGACGAAGCAAGUGAGCGGAAGAGUACAAAUUCAAGUUUGGUACGAGGCUGAUAGACGCGAGCUCGUUGUCUCUCUUUUAGCGGCCGAUGAACUUUGCACUCGCGAUGAUACCGGGCUUCCGCCUCAAGCCUUUGCCAAACUCGUUCUUCUGCCACCCUGCGGUGAUCAGAGCACUCUUCAAACUGAUGUGUCAAAGUCGACGCAAAACCCGAUAUGGAACGCUAAUUUAACCUUCCCGGGAAUAUCCGGUGAAGAUUUGUUGGAUCGUACGAUUGACGUAACACUUUGGGACUGUUUACCGGAUGGUGACACAACCUACCUCGGCGAAUGUUCAGUCGAUUUGCAGAAUGCUUUUGAGACUGAUCGAGCAGUUUGGUAUCGUUUGGAAGAUCCACGCGGUUUGCGUUCAGGAAAAUCGCCAUUCUGUUCGCCUCGGGGCUCCAUAUCGACCGAGCUAGCGCAGAGACUUUUGCGACGCACGGAAAUACGUGAGAGAAGUUACAGCGAUGAUACCCCGAGCGACAGUGGAAGUCCGGAGCCGUAUUAUCUCCAUCCGGAUCACGCUUGGCAAGCUAAUUCAAGACGAGGCUCUAGUCAGUCCGAGCAACUUGAGAUCGAACCGUACGAACUGAGCAAGGAUUAUAGCAGAUCAUUACCCGGUAGCCGGAGAAGCAGUUUCCAAAGUCAAGGAGGCACCGAUAGCAAAAGAGGAAGUAUGGGAGAAACGGACAUGUCCGUGGCUUAUUACAACCGCGAUCGUCGGAGGAGUUCUUGCACAAGGCAGCUCCGUGACCACGACGAAAUAAUGAGAUCGUUGAAGGCAGCAGCGGCGAAAGGGGAGCUCGGAAGAACGAUGAGCCUGUCGAACGACAAGAGGCGUGGGAGCCGGCGAGGUGAGCGCAAAGACAGCGUUGGACAAUCGGCCGUUGGCUUUCCAGAACGACUUUACGAUCGAAACAGCGAAUCUGACGAGGAUGAUAAAUUGAGUCAACAAUCGACGAGGGACGAAAAUGGCAUCGAAGUUAAAUUAGGACCUGGUCAAGUGGUGCCAAGAGGAUUCAAACUCACAAGCGGUGUGAACAACGGAGAAGUCAAGCUAGCCUUGUUUCUUAGCAAGGGUACUCUCGAGGUCGAGGUCAUCUCAGCUCGAGAUAUAUGUCCUGGGGAACGGGAGGAGCCAGAUACCUACGUGAAGACUUACCUUCGAGACGGUGAGCGUUGGUUGCACAAGCGGAAGACACGCGUCGUAAAGCAUUCGCGAACGCCUCAGUACCGUCAGACCUUGAAAUAUGGAAGCUGCGACGCGCUCGGCCGUAAUUUGUUGGUCAUGCUUUGGGAAAAGAAACAAGGCUUCGAAAGCAAUCAAGGCCUCGGCGGGGCAGAGGUUGAUCUCGAGUUAUUGCCCCUAACGAAAUUGACCGUCGGUUGGUAUCCGCUCUUCCCCAUCCAUACGCUCGGCACUCAAAACGCUGAUUCACCAUGAUGGUUGAGGGAAAAAUGGGCCCUCGAAGCCGGCGAACUUGACCUUCGCUUGAGCCUUUUGCUCAAGGACGAAGGCGAGUCCGUCGUCAAAAUAAUCUCUUGAUAUGACACUUAUCAGAACGUGAAGAAGUUGACAAUCCACCAUUGCUAUUUUAUCGAUCAAUUGACUUUGAAUCGCCACUGUUUUAUUAUCCUAUCGAUGUAUUUACUAUUCUUUCAAAAUUCGAUGUUCCUCAUUAACUAAUAUUAAACGAAAUGGAGAUACAAGCCAAUAACAAAGUGUACUGAGAACACUUCGAAGCUUCAAGUUUUAUCGGGUUAUCCUUCCAGUUGUUAGUGAUUUGUUUGAACUCUUUCAACUCAACGCGUCUUUUUCGGGGACCGGCCCCAUUUAAUUUUGAUAUUAUUCGUGCUUAAAACAACCUCUUGAAUUCACUUUAGAAAAAUUCAUUGCCAAACUCGAUUUGUACAAAAAUUUAAUAUCUGGACAACGAUACAUUUUUCACAUCAGCUGAAUCCGGUGAUUCUUUGAAACUGAUUUCCACAUCAUUCUUCGAGUCGAAGACGUCAAAAGUCUUUAUCCAAUUGAGCACCGGCAUGAGAACAUCAUCCGAGUAAAACACCAAUUUUACAUUAAUUUUCAAAUCGUUCGAGCCAAUUGCCAAGGAACUGAAAGUUGAUCAAGAAAAAUAUGUAGCUACGAGUGCAAAUAACAUCCCGAGCCGCGUGGGCCUGAAACUUCCGAACCUUCGAACCUCCGAUCGAAAGUACGUUGCAUCGUUACAGUAAAAAAAAAAGAACUUCAAUAUAGAACCGUCGACGAAUAAGUAGGUCAUCUACGAUAGAAAAAUAGUACCAUCUAAAAAUGCCUCUAUCCGACAAUCAAAAACAGCGAAACUUCCCAAAAUAGUCACUAAACGGAAUCGUAACUCCUGAAUUAUCCAAUCGAAUUUAGAUAAUUAUAGAAAAAUCGAUUUUCAAUGAAUUCCAGUUGUUCUUAAUGGACGAUCGCGAUUCGAUUGGUCCGUUUACGCUCACGUACCAGUCGACCUAAAUAUACAUCCACCAAAACUGAGUUUUCAUCUAAAAACUGACAACUGACAAUCAAUUAUAACAACGUGACUCCAAUCGUAUACGAGUAGAAAAUACUUCGAGGAUUUCUCAUUAAUUUCAUGAUGAUACGUUGGCGAGGCACUGACAGAAUUACGAAUAGAGAAUUAAAUUCACAAUAAUAAUAAUAGUCAUAAUAAUAAUAAUAAUAAUACUAAAUAUUACUAAUAAUAAUCAUAAUGAUAAUGUAACGAAUAUUACGAAUAAUACUAAUUCCGACGAAACGGAAUAUCUUUCAUAGAACAAUUUACUGAACGAUGCAACGAUGGAGAUUCUCCAAAAUUAUUUCGAUCGAUCGUGCGGAGGAAGGGAGAGCAUUGAAAAAAAAAAAAAAAAUCAACUCAUCCGAUGAUCUCGGGACGGUGAGGAGGAAAAACGAAUCGAAUAAUAGCAGAAACGGUGUGAAUAUAAUGGUGUUUCAGUGAAAAUAAUAAAAAUCUACAAAUAAAUAAAUAAAAAGAAAAUAUGCCAAGGUGCAAGAGAAUACGGAAUCGCGUUCCUUCCAGACGUACGGAAAAACGGUCGAAAAGAAAAACGUAUUUGGACGACUAAAGAGACGGCAUUCGUACAACAGAGCAAUGAUGUAUUUUUGUAGGAAAUGUUAAAACAAGCCCUGUAAUUUAUCGUCCGACACGCCGUCCCGAUGGGGAGUAACAGUUUCGAAGAAAAUUGUAAACGAAUAUUGAGUAAGGUCGCAUUAAAAGUACAGCUUUUAAACGAAUAAAAAACUAAUGAAAAAAUGAAGCAAUACGAAGCAACUUCAUAGCGGAAUGAUUCUAUUAGCAAUAAAUGUGUACCUGGACAGGCCUGGUUGAAGGAAAGAAAAAAACAUAUGUGAAAAUUGAAAAGGGACUCGAUCGACCGGAGGAAACGACGAAAUGAUCGAUUUUCAAAGGCAAUCAUCGAGUCCUGAAAAUAAUGCGGGGGGGGACACGAAAGAUAGAAAUAUUUUUUAUCGCUGAAUAAUAAAAUAAAUGAUGAUGAAAUGGUAAGGUCAACUGAACACGCACGUGGAUGGUGUUAUUAAUAAGUUGAAGAUGAAUCAAGAGAUGUACGAAGGGGCCUAUUUUUCCCGAAGCUCGAAGGAAAGGGUGAAGAGAGUUUGAAGGAUUUGAGAUUCGUCGGUUGCACAUAGAGAAAGAGAAUGUUAAGGAAGGUCACGAAAGUCGAUCGAUAUCGCGAUUAAUGCAAAGUCUGCAAUGAAUCUCUGGUUGAUCCAGUUUUGGGUUCGAUCGAUUCUCGCGAGUCAAUAUCCAUGGGAAUGAGAUUUUGAUGGGGAAACUGGCGAAGGCUUGGCCAGUUUCGAAUCCUCGACGGAGAAACGUGGAGAAUUUCGAAAUAUUUCGACGCUUAUUUUUCCUCGAUGUUAACGUAACUCGAUAAAUUUUGAGCAACAAUCAAUUUUCACAUAAAUAGAAAAACAAAUGCAUCGCCUCGUUUUUUUCAAUCAACGAAUUCACCAAUCGAAUGCGUGCGCGAUCUAAGAUGAAAGAAAAUUCGAAAUUUUUCACGUUCUCGCUAUUUCGUAAGUAAAUAAUUAUAACGGUGGUUGAGCAAAAUCCCUGCUGGCGAGACUCGCUGGUCGAGCCUCUCGGAAGGCAGCCGGGAUAUUGCGGACCGGAGAAAGUAAAAAUAAAUAAAUGCUUGCUAGCCAAUUCUCAAGUAGCGAACAACAAGCAAAGUCUUUUGAAACUAAGUGUUACGAGAAGAAGAAAAUGGAAGCAACCAAUGAUCGAUGUUCUAGAAAGUCGCACAACUUUUGCAGCUCUUUAUUAGACUGAAAAUAACAUUUAUUGAUUAAAUUAACGAGCAUCCUUUCGAUAUGAUAAAAAAAUGUAUCGAUUAUAAAAUAGGACAUUUAGUUCCAGUAUUCGAAAGAGAGAAACGUCGAAUCGUACGAAAAUUCCGGACAUCGACGACGCGAGGAAAAAUGAUUUACAGUCAAGAUGAGAUAACCAUGAGAAUUCCUUUGAUACGUAAAAAACGUAUUUGAAAAGCCUAAUUCACUGAUUUUCCAUCGUCCGUCGUUCUUACCAACCGUCUUUUAAUGCAAAAAUAUGAAAGAAAUUGAUGAAAACGAAAGCUGCUGUCGAUGUAUAAAGUGCGAGCAAAUCUUCUAGAAGAAUAAAUAAUCGGUCUAACGAAAUUCUCUGCGCUCGUCUCGACGAAAAAGUGCGAAUACGAACUAAAUAAUAAAACGAGGAAAGGUGCAUGAUUCGGGAUGGGGGAGGGGAACCCCAAACGUGAUAAAUCGUAUAAUACCUAUAUUUAAAUAUAAAUAUUAAUAAACACAGACGUUUAACGAUGAAAUACGAUAAUAAUGAUAAAUGUGAUUAAAUUAAAAACAAAACCGUAAUAAAUAAUCGGCGUGAGGAUAAAAACGGGCGGAAGCUUGAGAAAGAUUGAAACGAGUGAUCGAGCACAAGAAGGCACGAGAAUGAUGAGAGAGUUUAUGCUCAAACCUUUAUUUCGUCGAGUUUUAAAAAACAAAAAUCUGGAAAAGAAAAAAUUAGUAACGAAUAACUUCAACGAACUUUUACUCAACUUUUAUCAUUUCCCUCAAUUCGUAAAGUCUCUUUUCACUUUUUUUCGUACUUGAUUAUUCGUUAAUUAAAUUAUACACACGAAGAUUAUUUUGAGGAUGAAAAUCGAAAAACCGUGUAAAUUAAAUUAAUCGUUCAAACGAUGUUACGUUCACGAAUAUUCACAGCUGUGAGUCGGAUCUAUAAAAAGUAAUAACGGCCUAGAAAAUUGUUAGCGAGAACAAGGUGGAGGAAGUAAAAUAAUUAUAAAAUAAUAAUAAUAAUAAUAAUAAUAAUAACGUGUUAAAAUUAAUCAUCGUUGGGACAAUCCUCCGAACGAGGUCGCAAUCAAUUAAUCGAUCGUGCACAAAAAAAAUUGUCCCACAUAGAAGAGCCAAGUUCCUCGAUCUAUGAAACGUUCUACAUAUUAAUAUAUGAAUACGCACUCUGUAAUCGAAGAAAGGAAGUGAGUUUUUUCUACUCUAGCAUCAACCGUAGUGCGCAGCCUCCAUUUUCAUUCUAUAUAUCAUGAAUUCCAUGCUGCGAUGUCACUCGUAUUAACGGGGAAACGCACGAAAAAAUUCGAGUUUUUCGUUUUAGGACUCUGCUCGAAAAUGCAAAACUUUUACAGUCAAUCACGCAAUCAAUGAUAUUUGCAAGGGAAAACCUCGAAUCUAUUGAAGUACCGAGUUGAAGAAACACUUCAAAAAAAAAUAUGAAUUUCGGUUAAAAUGUAAAAUUUAUUUUCCUAUUCUGGCUGAAAAACGUUGUACGUACACAUCGGGUUUUCGGAGCGUGUCGUCACUUAAAUGCGAAUAUCGAUGAGCGCGAAUCAUUAUUAUUUGAUGAUUUCACUAAGUCCUUGAUUUUUUGCCUAUCGCGGAAGCCAAAAUGUUUCGUUUGAUCUAGCGUGUACGUGAAUUCUUCAAAAUGAUAUAAAACCUUCAAGUUCCGAAGCAAAAUCCCCCAAGCUAUCGCAUAAAUAAUCUGAGCGGUUUUUCAUCCCUGGGAAUCGUGUUCGAAGGGCUUGCAAAACGAGUUCUUCCUUACGAGCCAUCCUUUUAAACUAUAAUAAAACCGACAUAGCGAUCCAAAGUUCUGCGACGUCCUCUCGGUAAUGAUAAUAUUGUAUAAGAGGCUUCAACCGAUUCGAAAAUUUCGAACUUUAUCUCCAUUAUGAUAAAUCUGCGGAUAAUUUGAAAGAAUAUGAAAAAAGGGGUUUUUUACGUUGGAGGCAUUGACCAGUCAGAUAAAUGUGGGCGGUAUAAAAAAAAUGGCACGAUCCGUUCCUAUCUCGAUUUUGAUGAAUUCUUUAGUGUCUAUUUUCAAGAAAGGUGAGGUUGAGGAGACCGGUAGAAAGUGAAGACAAAGGUGCAGACUCGAAAGGUUUGCAUUAUUUGAAAAAACAAAUGUAGAAUUCAAUUUUAAAUGAAAAGGUUCACGUGGAACGCUUCGUUUGUAAGAAAAUUUUCAAAAAUGUCUCGGAGUCAAUUCUCGUGGCAUUUCAACGAGAACGUUCAUGAAUAAAUUCAGCGGACGAGAUUCGAAAGGGGGGAGAGCUCGAGUUCCGAUUCGCAAUUUGUGAGCUUUUCUGACGUCUCAUAUCUGGCAGGUUUAUUUUGAGUGUUGUCGUUUCUGACGUUUAGAAGGAAAUCCUUCUCGGAGGUUUCCACGAGGACACUUCACGCGAACGAGCUUCAAUUUGUUUCUUCUUGCACGCAAGGUUACUUCGUUCCGAAGCCCCCCGCGUGCCUUUCGGAACUCCGAUUGAAAAGAAAACCUCACAAAAAAUAGAGACAAGGAGCAAGCGAGAAGCGUCUCGAGCGUCAUUCAGGGGAGAAAAAAAAUCGUAAAAUCAUUACCGUGUGAAGCGAAGCGAAACUGAAUUCUUUCCUUUCGAAUUAAUCAUCGCUGAAUUCGUUUCUUUAAAGUGCGCUUUAAAUGCCACGUCGAAAUGGAUGCGAGGCAUCCUGCCAGCAUUGUCCGCAGAUUUUUCAUACACAAAUAUACACUAUAAUAGAAACAUUGAAAAGUAUGUCGCUUCACGCCCGAAAAAAGUACUUCCAUACAGCAACUUCGAAUCCUCGAGUCUCGUGGAGGAUUAUAAAUAAUUCAGGAGUGAAUAGCGAUAUGCACACGCGUCUGCACUCCGCUCGGUGAUAUUCUCUCUUUAACAUAGUUGAACUGAACGAAAUGUGAGCGCGUUUGCUUUGCCGUGAAUCCGAUGCUUCAUCUUCUUGUUGCUGGCUGCGAAUAAAUGAAAGCACGUUUUAAAACGAGCCGACGAUUUCUGCUUACAAUUUCUUCUUACAACGUUACACGCGUCGAUGUGACUUUUUCAGCCGAACAUUUUCGUAUCUGCCGCCGAAAAACGAAACGAAUAAAUCAAUUUAAGUUGCGCACUCCUCUACUAAUUUUAUCGACAAACUGAGAGCUAACUGAUUAAACAUUUUCGAGAAUAUAUUCAAAUGUUUCAUCGCUAUGACGGUUGUGAAAGUAAACGUUUUCAAUUAUAAAAGCGAAACGUCAGAAAAGAGUGAAAAUGCUAAAGGAGCGUCACGAUAUAUAUGCGGAAUAAUAAACGAGACACAAACUGUACUUUGAAUAAGGAUGGAAUAUACGUAUAAAUAUAAAUUAAUAUAUUUAUUUAUAUUUCAACAAUCUCAAACUCUUUGCCUAAGUAGUUGAAAAAUCUAUAAAUAUUUUCUACAAACGAGUCAAGAUAAUACACACGUUUAUGGCCUAGAGACUGUAUGUCGACUCAAAAUUUUAAAAUAAUAACUUUUUCGACCUACUGUAUCUACUUUGACAAUCGAAACUAUUAGAGCGCAACUUGCACUAAUAAUUAUUAGUUCGUAUCUCGGUAUACAUUGAAUAUAAUUAUCAAUAUUAUAUGACAUAUACAUUCGUAAUAAUUGUAAAUCGUAUAUUGUAUAUGUAUAUUCAUAUUUCGUAGAAACAUUAAGAAAAUAUCAUAUACGUAAUGUACGAAUCGCGUUGAUUGAGUCUCUUCUCUGAAUCUCUCUCGUCAUAUCGUCACUUUUAUUCUUUCGUAAAUCGAACAUUUUUACGAUUAUUGUGCGCUUGCGCUUGAGUUGAGUUCUGGGAAUGAGUUUUCUCUCAAUUUUUUCUUUCAUUUAAAAGAAAGAGUUUGUUAUUUUUGUUAUUAUUCAUGCAUUUUUUUAUCGGAGCCGAAUAUCCGAGGGUCCGUCAAACUGCAACUCUGACCUCGUCGAGUAUAACGAGCUCAAAAACGAAUUGUGAGAGAAAAACAGAAUUUUAAGAUUUUUCAACAAAUUACUUAAAUCGGAGGUUUACAAUUGUUCGAACGAUUGAAAUAAUUCGAUGAUUUUUGUCCUCAAACGCGAGCCGCGAUUUACGCGAAUGGAGAAAAUAGAGAGAGAAUAAAUGAGGUGAAGAUUCAACAGAGGUGAGGUAAUGAAGAUAAGAAGUAGGAUUAAAUUAAUUCGUAUUAAAAUCGAAUCCAAGCAACGGCCUCUUCCCUGCAUAUCUGUGUUGUACUUGUUAUUAGGUGUCUGACAAUCUACAUCGAUAAGUGCUCCGAAAAGUCCCGAUCGAUCGAAUCAAAGAAUGGGUGAAUAGCGAAAAAAAAAUAUGGCAGAUGUUUAGGGUCGAGAGAAGUGAGGAAAAUCCAAAUGUUCGACUGUGUGAAAACGAGGAAAGAAAAUGUAAAAUGACCGAUGAGUGUGAAUAAGCGUUUCUCGACUUUCAAAGUGAACGCGGUUGUGCCAGGCUCGAUUUAAAAAUCGUUCGAAAGCACGAGUCGUCUUCGUUCCGAGGGAGAAAACAUUCCUAGAUUAUGAAAUAUAGAAAAUAGACCAAACCUGCGAAAUUUACGAAAAACAGUUUCAAACGCGACGACACAAUUUAGAAACAGUAACGAAAUUUGGGCAACCGUUUGUGAAUGCGCAAAAAAAAAGAAAACUAGCGCGAGUCGAAAACAACAGGAAAUUCAGAUGAGAACGAAAAAAAAAAAAAAAAAUCACAAGGAACGCAAAAAAACAAUAAUUAUCCGGGACCCAUGCGACGUACUGGCGAAACAGAACGUUUAAUAAGACUCUAGUAAUAUCCAUUAUAGAACGCGUAGGUUUAAUUAAUCAUUGUGUACGACGUCUGAACCAGUCAUCGAUUCAUCAUAAAAAUAUUUUAAAAUAAUAUAUGCUUGCGAGAAAACCGCAUUCAAAAGUCUGUAUCUUGAUUGAAAAAAAAGAAACGUUUUUCUAUUUAUCUUAUUUAUUAUUCUUAACAGUUUUAUCAUGAGUUAUUAAAAACUUUGCCGAAAUAAGAAAGGCAGGGGGGAAUGGAGCCCUUAAUACACUUAGCUAAGGCGAAAUUAGUUUAUUAAAAUCGAGUCUCAACGACGCGCCGAUAUUCAUGAACAAUUUUAAAUCAUGAUGAUAAAAAAAAAAAACAAAAAAAAACAAAAAAAAACAAAACAAAACAAAACAAACAAAUUAUGAAAGGAAAUUAAUGUGAUGUCCUUGUAUGUUGAAUGUUGGUUGUGUCGCACGUGUAAACAAAAAAACAAAUAUAUAUAUCUUAUUCGCGUGCUUAAGGCUAUAUUUCAAAUCCAUGUACUUUGAAGGAAUAUUAAGUAGAAAACGGGUAUGAAAAAACAAUGGAAAGAAAAAAUACCGAUGCCCUCAAAAACUGUAUUCCAAUGUCAUUUGUUUAAUCUUGGCAAUAUAAACGAGUCGUUUACGAAAUCAGCUGCUCUUAUUGAGAAGCUCGAAAGCAUGCCUAUUUGAAAUAAUUUUGAAUAAAUUAUAAGCUUUAAUUGAAUUCUCAUGAGCUUCGGAUUGGAAAAAAUGUUCAUAAUUUCGCUAGUUACAAAAUCUUUGCGUGGAAAGUGGCGCCACCACGCGGUUCUGAAAUUGCGAGGAUGAAAUAUAUUGAGAAGUGCUUGACCGACUCGAGCGAAAAUUCAAGAGGAGACGACGAAUAAGUAGAUUUUUAACAUAAUUUGAAAUAUAUAAAUAUUUCAGUACCGCUAUUAUCAAAAAAAAAAAAAAAAUUUCAAGGUCACUUCAUCAGAAUGAAUCCCACGCUUUUUUGCAU